UUCUCUCUCAAAACCUUUGUUUUGUCAUUUUCCGCGACUUUAAUUCUGACCUUCCCGUUGAGAUUAAUAUAUAUUUUUCUUUUGUGGCUACGGCGGGCGAGAAACUGGAAGUUGCAUUUCAGAAAGGGAGCAGGGUGGGGCCGCAUCAGCGGAACCCGGAUGCUGAUGCUGACCGAUGGAGAGCAGGAAGCUGGAGAGAACGAAGAGGUAGAGGAGUGUAAAGAGAGAGGGGGAACCGGCUGGAGGGUUAGCAGCAGCAGCAGCAGCGGUACCAGUCUACAGCAGGACAGGGACAUCCCGACAGCGAAGCGCAGCUCCUGUGGAUUGUGUCCGUCUUCAGGUGCAGAAAGCCGGCCUGGUUUAGUUGUUUGUGCAUCAUCUGCGCCGGCUGAUGAGGGAGGAGAUGCGGUAACAUCAUGAGCACAGCCGUCCAGGGAGGGAGGAAGCAGGGAGGGGGGAAGCGCUGGGGAGUCGCCAGCUGAGGAUGCUUGUUGUUUCUAGAAACGAGCUCAACCAUCGGACCGGGUUCUGAUCCACCUCCAGCAGCACCGGCACAGGGCGCGAGCCCCUCCCCGCCGCAGCCGUCCCGAACCCGGGGGCGCAUCGCCUGUCUGCCUCGGCCUUCCCGGAGGCUGUUUUUUUUUUUUUUUUUUUUUUUUUUUCUGAACGCUCACCCUCCUCUUCCUCUGUUUCCUGAUGCAGGGUCAGGGAGGGGGUGAGCCGAAGUGUGCACCGGAUAUUGGAAAACCCAUUCUUCUUGCUUAUGCCUUAGUGAUAGCAGAUUAUAAUCUGGACGACAGCAGACAGACGAGGCCCCGGGGUUUUGACGGGACAGGAGCCGGGACAUGCGUGACAUUAGGAGGACUACGGGAACAUGUUUAGACGGCGGCAGCAGCAGCAGUGAGGACAGGGGGUCCCUGAUAUCGAUCCUCGGGAUGGAUCCAAUCAGGCCGUUCUGACUCGGGUUAUUUGAGACUGUACUCUUAACAGAAAUCAAUCUGAGGCUGAAGUAACCUUCCUGUCCUGCUCCCUGCAUGAGCUUCUUCUUUCCUGCUCCACUUUGACCAACUAUUAGCUGGAUGCACACGUCAUCUCUUCCCUCCUCUCCAUGUGGAUGAUGCUGCAUUCCGAGCGGCGCUGAAAGGGAACUGCUUCUGGAUCCGACCGCAUGACAAGUUGAAGGGAGUAGCCUGCAGGAGCCCCCCCACACCUCUUCUCCGACUUCGGAUCACGACCAGUUUAAUCUUUCUUUUUUUUCCUCUCUUUUUUUUUUUUCACCGCGCGCGCGUGCGACGCGCGUUGCGGCGGUGCGCACGUGAUCUGGAUCUGCCGUACAGUCUCGCGGGGGCGUAAAGUCGACUUUUGGCAAGAAUGAGCAGCAAAGAGAUCACGGUGGGCCAGUCCAGCCAGUACGUGGGGCCUUACCGGCUGGAGAAGACCCUCGGGAAGGGACAAACCGGCCUGGUGAAGCUGGGUGUCCACUGCAUAACCGGGCAGAAGGUGGCCAUAAAGAUCGUGAACAGAGAGAAGCUCUCCGAGUCGGUUCUAAUGAAGGUGGAGAGAGAGAUAGCUAUUCUUAAACUAAUAGAGCACCCUCAUGUUCUGAAGCUCUAUGAUGUCUAUGAAAAUAACAAAUACCUGUAUCUGGUGUUGGAGCAUGUGUCUGGGGGAGAGUUGUUUGACUACUUGGUGAAGAAAGGCAGGCUGACUCCCAAAGAGGCCCGGAAAUUCUUCAGACAAAUCAUCUCCGCCCUUGAUUUCUGCCAUAGUCAUUCCAUAUGUCACAGAGACCUGAAGCCAGAGAAUCUUCUCCUGGAUGAGAAGAACAACAUUAGGAUAGCAGACUUUGGGAUGGCCUCACUUCAAGUUGGGGACAGUCUGCUGGAGACCAGCUGUGGGUCUCCUCAUUAUGCUUGCCCAGAGGUCAUCAGGGGAGAGAGGUACGAUGGUCGCAGGGCCGAUGUUUGGAGCUGUGGAGUUAUUCUCUUUGCUCUGCUUGUGGGUGCCUUGCCUUUUGACCACGACAACCUGCGGCAGCUUCUGGAGAAGGUGAAGAGCGGAGUUUUCCACAUGCCCCACUUCAUACCGCCUGACUGCCAAGCUUUGCUGAAAGGGAUGAUAGAGGUCAACCCUGACAAACGACUCACGCUUGAAGCAAUACAAAAACACAACUGGUACCUGGGCGGCCGGAACGAGCCUUGCCCGGAGCAGCCGCCGCCUCGCCGGGUGUGUGUGAAGAGGAUCCUGUCCCUGUCGGACCUGGACCCAGACGUCCUGGAAAGCAUGUACUCUUUAGGCUGCUUCAGAGACCGAGUGAAGCUCACACAGGACCUAACAAGUGAGGAGGAGAACCAGGAGAAAAUGAUCUACUACCUCCUCCUGGAUAGAAAAGAGCGAUACCCGAGCUGCGAAGACGAGGACCUGCCGCCCAGAAACGACCUUGUUGUCCAAGACCCACCCAGGAAGCGUGUGGAUUCCCCGAUGUUGACGCGUCACGGUCGGUGUCGUCCGGAGAGAAAGAGCUUGGAGGUCCUCAGCGUCACAGAACAGGGGUCUCCCACCCCGCCUCGCAGGGCUCUGGACACGAAUGCUCACAGUCAGAGGUCUCGUUCGGUCAGCGGUGCGUCCACAGGUUUGUCCUCCAGUCCUCUCAGCAGUCCCAGGAGCCCGGUCUUCACCUUUAACCAAUCAGAGGUCACCUCCACCUCCACUUCCUCCUCCAAAGACCCCAAAGCAGGAAGUGGCACCACUCCUCGGCCCGCCCGCCCGAUGCCCGACCCAAAAACCCAGACCUUGCCCUCGAAGGGUCAAGCUGACCGACCCCAGCUCCACUCCAUGAAGUCACUCCCUCUCCAGACUCCACGCUCUCCUUCCCCCUCCCCCUCCCCUGUCCUCUCACCAAUCCCGCGGUUCUUCAACUUCCCCUCUCCGUCCGUCUUCAGGUCCAAGAAUGUCCACUCGUCCUCUAACUCCUCUGCCACCCCUUCCCCUGUGUCACAGGUCACACCGCAGGGCUCGCCCCUGCCCACCCCACUCGGCACGCCCGUGCACCAAAUCCAUCACCCUUCCUCCACCACUCCUCCCUACUCCUCCUCCUCGUCCUCUUCCUCCAGAGUGGACGGUGCGGGCGGGGCCUCGCUGACCCCGCCCUCCAGUCCCGGAGGGAGCGGCAACUUGGCCGCCUCGAGCUCCACCCACUGGAGGACGAGGCUCAACUCGUUCAAAAACAAUCUGCUGGGCUCGCCGCGGUUCCAUCGGCGCAAACUGCAAGUCCCAACAUCAGAGGACAUGUCCAGUCUGACUCCAGAGUCCAGUCCAGAGCUGGCUAAGCGGUCGUGGUUUGGGAACUUCAUCAGUCUGGAGAAGGAGGAGCAGAUCUUUGUUCUGAUCAGAGACAAGCCGCUCAGCUCCAUCAAGGCGGACAUCGUCCACGCCUUCCUCUCAAUCCCCUCCCUCAGCCACAGUGUGGUGUCUCAGAAUAGUUUCCGGGCGGAAUACAAGUCAUCGGGUGGCCCCUCUGUCUUCCAGAAACCUGUCAAGUUCCAGGUGGACAUCGCUUUCUCUGAGGGAGAGAGAGAACGAGAGAGGGAACGAGCGGAGAAGGAAGGACGACGGGAGAUGGGCAUCUACAGCGUCACCUUCACGUUAUUAGCAGGUCCCAGUCGCAGGUUUAAAAGAGUCGUAGAAACUAUUCAAGCUCAGCUUCUCAGCACUCACGAUCAGCCAUCGGUUCAGGCUCUGGCAGAUGAGAAGAAUGGUCAGCUCUCCCGUCCGCCCAGCACUCUUUCCCAUCAGAACUCCCGGAAUUUCGAAAGCGGAUCGGAUCGAGUGGAGAAGGAGCCCACGGUGGACGGAGUGAGCGGCGGCAGCAGUAGCAGCAGCAACAGCGGCGGGACUGCCUUACAGCGGCGAGAGUCGGGGAGAGACAAGACCAGACUCCUUUCAUCGUCCAACGGGACGCAGUCUCACCCGUGAAAAGAAUGUUGCAAAAGAGAAGAGAGGGUUGACCGCCUGGCUUGUCUCUCUUCCUCCACUCAGUCCUUCCUGCUUUCUUUCCCUAGCCUUUUCCUUACUUCCUUCCGGGCUUCUGACCUUUAAUCCCAUUUAAAGGAACGGGAGGCGAGAAGGACUUUAGUCAAAGAUCGUCUAGAGAUCCAGAGAAUUCCCCCAAAGUGUCUGUCCGUAGUAGGAAGGCGUACAGAAGGGAGUGGGAAUGUAGAACAGAGAAAGCUCACAACCAGGGAAACGAGUCGUCCACCUCCCACAGCAGAUCGACAAAGCACAGGACAUUUCCAACAAACCAUCACACUUGUUUCAGACUUUGCAGGAAACCUCCAGGUCAGUCGGUCAGGUCGGUUCACUGUGACACCGGCCAACGACUGAGUGCAUCGAAGCAUUUCCUUUCAUCACUUCCUGCCCAUCCAGAUUUAUCUUCUGCAUCACUUCCUCCCCUCACCUUUCUAGGGGCGAACAAAUGUGUUUUCUCCAAGCCGACCGAAAACACGAAGGAAAGCCGGCCAAGAGUCAGAUGAGCUGUGUGAUUGUUUGAAGUGGUUUGUGUCCCUAAAGGCUCAGCAAACCCUAAUGGCACGUUUUCACAAUCAAACAGGAAUAGAGCAGAGGAGCAAAUAUCGCCAGAGAACGGAUCCGCGGUAUCGUGGACAACGUGCGUCGGAGUGACAUAGACUUUUCCUCGAACAUAUGGAGCCCCACCCUAACUCCACAGUUAUUUCUGACAUACAAUAUGAAGCUAUGAUACCAUAUUGCCUUUACAAGAGAAGACAAAUGUGGACAACGGUGAGAAUUUAGCCACAUUUCAAGGAAACUAGUCACGCUGCGAGGAGGGUUCCCUACUUGUCUAAAAGCAUGCUGGACGAAAAGAUUAAGAGGCCAAACAUAGAAGGAGCUGCCCGUUAAUUUAAAUGCAGUGGACACACACACACACACACACACACACAAAAACAACUAAGAAGCCAAAAACCUUCUCUUUGGCUUAUUUAGAAAUGAAAAGCAGUUUUAAUGUGAAUGACUUUUAGAGCAUUUCUUUUACACCAUACGUAAUCCAUAUAAAUGGAAAAAUUGUUUGUUUUUUUAUUUACUAGUUUCUCCUGAUGCAUUUGCUGCUUUAGAAAUUUUCGUUGUUUCUUUUUUAAUUUGGUCUCUCUGAGCCUUAGAACAACUUCUAAUCUAAAAGACAUGCUAGUGCUAAUAUGAGCUGAUUCCACUUCAUAUUUGGUCGUUCAACCAUUCCCUGUUGCAGUACACUCAUUUUAAAAUCCCUUUAUCAUCAUACAGGAAGUACCAAGUGCAUAAUUAAUAGACCUGUAAACUUUUAAACAAUUCAACAAGUCAAGUUUUACUAGCAUUAGCUUAGCAUUAGCACACUUUCAGAAAUGGCUUUUCUUGAACACAAACCACAAUCUUUUCCUUCCUAUUAGUGGAAAAGAUUCAGAGAUUCAGACUCAGAGAUUCUCUUCUCUGAAUCUGACCAAAUAAAGAAAGUUGUACAUCUGACUCAUAAUGACAGUGAUGUAUUUCAGUUAUCUCAGUAGCUGUUUGCUGCUCGGAUUCUGUUUAAACCAAAUUCACUUUCCUUUUGCCAUUGAUGCUCGUUGGCCCCUCUUGUCUCUACAUAAUUUACUUCUUUUUAUAUUUGAAAUUGGUAAUGGCAGAACAGUAAAGCUGUGUUCAAAAUAACAGCAGAAUCUUUGAGAGAGCCAGGAAAAUCUGAUUGUAGCUUCUGUUUCUGUACAUGCAAAAGAAUUGCGAAUACUGCCCAUUCCAUGCCAAACUGGGAGAAAAAUGUAUGACGUUAGUUUACACAACAAGGUGAGAAAAUAUGGGGGAUUAAAAAAAAAUAAAUGAAAGAAAACGCUGGAAGAUUCAGCUUUUCUGUAAAGGACCUAACAAAUAUUUACGUGUAUAACUAUUAAAUCUGAAAAUUGCUUCACAUCUGCGUUGAAUUACACCAGUCAACAUCUGGCACCUAUUAACAGGUAUGUCAGCUUGUUAAUAGUUUGAAGUACAUUCCACAGUUCCUCUGCAUUUCUUGAUUUUGCCUCAGGAAAAGGAGGUCUGAUGUCAUCAAAUAAGUUUACUAUUGCCAGGUCCAAGGACUGGACUUUACACUCUGUAAAGAUAAUAAAAGAUUUUCUUCCAACCACACAUAGCAUCCAUUCCUAAAUUUCUGUACAUGUUUUCCUCCUCCAGUUAACCCUCUGACAUCAGAAGUUGUAAAUCUCAGAACCUCCGCCAAUCCACUAGAGCAGAUUUUCUUAUUAGUGUCAAAAUGAAAAAAGAAAUGCUGAAAUUUUAACUAUACACUCAAUGCAAUAGUGGUGAGGACAUUGCAACAUCAGUCAAAUACCAACAUUACUCAAUCUCACUCUAUCAUGUUCACUCUGGUGAGAAUUUACUCCACUGACAUGCAUAAAACAGGAAGGAAAGUUUAGGUUUGGCCUUUCUGAUUAGAUAAAUAUUUGAAUGUUGGUCCAAAUGUACCCCAGAGCUCAGUUGGAUCAUACAUAUAUAUGCAAAACGUAAUAAUUACAAAAGAAACGUACCCCAUCGUGAUACAGCAGGACAAUGUAAAUACCACAUCCUUGAGCCCAAUGCACCUUCACUAGUCCAAACAAAGCACAAGAAAAGCCACACAAAAUGUGACAAGGUUUGGUACUUCACAAGAAACUGCUUUGUUUCCUCAUAUUUAGACUCAAAUAAAAUGACUUUUUCUUUCAAUAUUACAAUGCAAAGAAAAGACUGAAAAGCAUCUAUGGUGUUGUAAGGAUGGAAUGUUUGCUAACCAAGCCUCAUGUUUUGGUAAAUCUGGACUUGACGUAUGUCCACUUUGUUUACAAAAAUAUCUAAUGGACCUGAAAUUACUAUUCAUAAGAUGUCUGUGGACGUCCCGUCUUUGCAAGGCUAAAGCAGCUAAUUUACCGGCUUUUGCUACAUUGCAGUGUCAUUGAAUUGAUGGCGACAUUAUGUGAAACCCGUCUGACAUUUUUGUGUUUUUAACAACUUAAACCAAAGGUCCACUACGAUCAAUAUUCUUCACGUAUUUGCUUACAUUAAAAUAACUAGCCUCCAAUAAAGGCUAGCUUUUUUAAAUUUUGGGCUAGCUUAAACAGCUAAAACCCACAUUAGGCGAAGCUAAAACUUAUCUUAAAUAUUAAUAAAUGAAUAAUUGUUCAUUGCUGGCUUCUUGAGUCAGUAAAUAAUGAACCAAAGUGGCUCAUUUGAGAGUUGUGAAGUGGAAAUAUGAAUAACAAAAUUCAAAAAGGGAUUAAAAUUUCAACACAGUUGUUUGAAACCAUUCCUAUUCCCAAAGUCUAAAUGUUUUACGUCUCACUGAAAAAGAAUGAAGGUCAGGAAUGUACUGUUUACAAGAAAGCUGAGGUGAAAGAUCCAACAUACUCAGGUGUGUCUGUCGUCAUAGAAACUCUAUACUCGUGCUGACUGGGUAGGAAAAUGAAGCCAAACUGAAGAAUGAAAUGUCCCUGGUAUUUUUUUUAUUUAAUUUUUUUUAUUACCGUCUCCUCCCUUUUAUUGCACCUGUCUCUGUGUAUGUAGUUGUUUUUCAUUGAUGUAUUUAAUGAGCCUGGAACUAAUUAUUUGAAUGUCAAAAAAGUAGUUCUUAAAAUUACUGCACCAGAUUUUGAUCCAUGUAUUUAUUGAAGUUUGUACUUUUAUUUAUUUAUUUUUAUUUGCCAUGUAUUGUUUGAAAGUAGUUUUUUUUUUUUUUUCGUGCAGAAAUUUUAAGAGUAAACCAACGUCUGUCACUGAAGGAUAAUUUACUUCGACACAGAUAUUUUAUGCCAAAAUAUGCUUUAAAUACCAAUGUACAUUUUUGUAUCUUCUGUUAAGUUUGGAAUUUAUUCAUUGUUGUCUAUGUGUGCCACCAUAGAUGUUCACCUUUUACGAAGCUAAACCAAAAUUUCAUCUACACUCUGACAUUAUGGGAGGAAUUAUUUGUGUGUCUUAAAGGAACGUUAGUGAUAGAUAGAUAAUUAUCCGAGACUUCAUUCUAGUUUUCUGUGUUUGAUUUUUAUCACCGCCUCAAACAAAACGAAGACAAUAGUUUACUAGAAUGUUGUAUGACUACUUUAAAGAAUUCCUUUGUCGUUCUGCCUAUGGGAACAAAACACAUACAUGUAGGACAUUUUAGACAUUUUGUUCACUGCGGAACGAGACCCAACGCAGAUUAUUCAUUAGGUGCUACAGCUCUCAUGACAUAAACAAUAACAUAUUCGCAGCUAUGCAUAAUGUCCACGUAGGAAGCCAUUUAUUUUAUUUUCUCUGGUCUUGUUUCCAAGGUAAAAAAAAACAACAACAAAAAAAACGUACAACAGCUUGGUAACUACAACAGGAUCUGACGUAGGUCAUACAACAGAAAGAAAAACAUUUUCACGACUAUGCAGGAGGACCACAGAUACAGACGUUCAUUCUCUUUCAUAAGGUUUCGCCUCCAGUUAAAAAAUAUCGGUUUUAUAGAACAGCUCUGUGGUGCCGUCCAGCCGGAGACGUUUUUAGGUGUGUUGGCUAAAGUUUUUGGUCGCUUAGGUAGUGCCUCCACACGAGUUUACAGCAGCGCAUUACGGCCCUUGUACUUGUUCUCUCUCUUUUUUUUUUUUUUUUUUUAAGGAGUAGGAAAUUUCUGCCAAAAAAACUCACAAAUUUAAAAAUAAUAUCAAAAAUGUCCUAGAAAACACAAGGAAAUUUCUGAAUUUGAAAAGCUGAAAAAGUUCUAGAAAAAACGUGGACAUUUCUGAGUUUCAAAAGUCAAAAAUAUGCAUGAAAAACUAAACUAAACUAGUUUUUUUCAACCUCCUUUUUUUUUUCUAUCUACAAUACACCCUAAUACGUCGUCAUACAAAUUCGGCAAUUGUGGACACCAGAAGAGAUAAAUUUUGAAACCGGGUUCUGGGGCGGAUGAAUUUCAAAACGCUGGUUUCAUGACUCUGUUUGGCCAUGUGAGCCACAAGGAAUUAACUAUGACGUCAUAACUCCAGCUCUCUCUCCCCCUCAGCGCCUCAGUCUCACAAAUGACAAACAUGCCACGUUCUGUUUUUGUGCCGUGUUACAGCGCCACCAAUGGGCCUGGCAUACCUGCUACAUUAUUUUCUGUGGUGUGGACGCACUUUAAUUUAAAUUUUUUUAAGUAAAAAAAAAGAAAAAAUACACCUGUAUAGAGCCUCAAGUUAAUUUUCAGAAAUAGCUGGCUGUGCUCUGCAUUUACAGCUAAUUGACAUGUUAGCAUGCUUUCAUGCUAAACAUAACCAUUUUUUAUUAAUUUCAAAGCUGACAUGGUAAGGGCAGAGUUGUCACAUUCGUGUUUUCAUGUACUUUUUGCUUAGUCAUCAAAAUCUCUUAAAUUUAACCCAUUCACUCCUGACUUUUGUCAACCUGGUUCUUCAACAGAGCUGGUUUCAGUAGCUUCAAACCUAAAGGCAAACUAAACCCUUUCAGAAUGUCUGCUACGAUGGAUGCACCAUAGACUCAGGUGAAGCUGUUUAGUUUUAAAACAGCUUCGGGUAAGAACUGUAAGUUCUUGCAGUAAGCCGGCGCUUGGUAGCGAUGUUAGAUAUAUGGUGGACAUGCGUUUUAGUCUUCUGGUGAAUGCAUGCACAUUUGACACCUGUCGUGACCCUGGAGCACAAGCCCCAUGUCCAAAGGGUAGAGGUCAAACAGGUCUCAAGUUACAGAUUUCCGUACCUAUUUUAAAACACCAACUUAGAAUGUAAAGAACCAACCCAACUGAAGCUAUAGCAGUUAGCUAAUCAGUGACAGAACUUACUUACCUUAUAUCUUGUACAUCCUCCCAUUCUGUCUCUUUGUAUUUCAAUCCCCACUUUCCUCCUAAAUGCACAUAACACACCCUCCUAUAUAAUCACCCUUCUUGUAUACAUUUUCUAUACUAUAUACUUUGAUGCAGAUGCUGUAUACGUUUGUAUACACUGUGUGCCUGUCUCUAUCUCCAUUGUAUGCCAUUCAUAGCUAUGUAGCAUUCACUAUGUUUUAAUGACUCUGUAGUCACCAUACAGCUCUUCUUCUCAUCAUUAUUACUCAUUCUUCUUCUGCAGUCAUAAAAAAAUACAACUACAAUAUCUGCAGCCCUUACGCCCUACCGCCCUCUUUCCGACUUCAAAUUUCCUCCACCCUUGCUUCCGUUUCACAGCCCUCACCCCCCCAAAACUGAUUCAUGCAGUAGACAAAAAAAAAAAAAGACUUUUU